UACGCAAAGCCCCCAGUUUUGAUGUUAAGAGUUGAAACUUGAAAGAGAUACAGAGAGGGGUUUGAUUCGAAACCCAGAAUUGAACUUGGAAUUCUUUAAAAGUAUUGAAUUUCUGAAAGAGAUAAUGCAGACGGAAGCACGAGUAGGAGUUGUAGUUGAAGGUGGAGGUGGUGGAGGAGGAGGACAGAGAACACUAAAUUCGUCUCACGGAAGUGCCAUCCUUGAGCAGCAGGGUGGUCCGUCACGUAAAAUUGUUUCUCAACAGAGUUCACUCAAGCAACAUCAAUCACAAUCUCAAAUUGGGACUGUUUCGCAGCUUCUUGCUGGAGGUAUUGCCGGUGCCGUCAGCAAAACCUGCACCGCACCACUCGCUCGUCUCACCAUUCUCUUCCAGGUGCAAGGCAUGCACUCAGAUGUUACAUUGCAAAAGGCUAGCAUGUGGCGCGAAGCUGUACGUAUUGUUAGAGAAGAAGGAUUUAGUGCUUUCUGGAAGGGAAAUCUUGUUACAAUUGCUCAUCGUCUACCCUACUCUUCUGUCAGUUUUUAUGCUUUCGAGCGCUACAAAAAUGUCCUUCAGAUUGUUCUGGGUCAGGAAGGUCAAGCAGAAAACAUCAGUACAGACCUUUUCACACGACUGAUUGCUGGUGGUUUAGCUGGAAUAACAGCUGCGUCUAUUACGUAUCCUUUGGAUCUUGUGAGAACUCGUCUUGCUGCACAGACAAGCGUAAUUUAUUAUAGGGGUAUGUCACAUACUUUUCGCACCAUUAGUAGGGAAGAAGGAUUUGCUGGCCUUUACAAAGGACUUGGGGCAACAUUACUGGGUGUUGGACCUAGUUUAGCUAUCAGCUUCUCUGUGUAUGAUACAUUAAGAUCAUAUUGGCAAUUGCAGAGGCCCAAUGAUUCCACCGUCCUUGUCAGUCUUGCUUGUGGUAGCAUUUCAGGAAUUGCAUCAUCAACGGCAACAUUUCCUCUCGACCUUGUGAGGCGAAGGAUGCAGUUGGAAGGAGCGGGUGGCAGAGCAAGAGUGUAUAAAGCAGGUGUAUUCCAUACAGUGGGGCAUAUAUUUAAAAGUGAAGGAUUGCGGGGUUUAUAUAGAGGGAUUCUGCCUGAAUACCUUAAAGUUGUGCCAAGCGUCGGAAUCGUGUUUAUGACCUAUGAAAAGCUCAAACAGCUUUUGUCAGAUAUUCCCACUACCAGGUAACUGGUUUCCGAUGCCCAUACCAUACUAGUGAUAAAUUUUGGUGAAAUUCUGCCAUGAAAAUCAAACUUAUGCAUGUGUAUAGCAAAACAAUAUCUAACCACACAUUUUUUGUAUACCAAAAGUGCAUAUUUUGUAAUUGUUAUUUACUAUUUUGAACUACCACUCAGGAAACUAUUCUUCUUUUUUACAGUUUCUUGCAGAUGUUAUUACUUUAUUAUCUUGUUUGGAGUAUCUUUUAGUGUUAAAUGCUAAUACUCAUAUAUUA